AUGUCCGCCUCCCUUGCACCCGAGUGCAAUGAAGUCAAAGAGCGAUACGAUACUUGCUUUCUUAAGUGGUAUAGUGAAAAGUAUUUGCGAGGCAAAGGAAAAGCAGACGAUAAUGAAUGUGCCCAACUAUUCAAAAAUUAUCAGAGUUGUCUCAAGGCAAGUCACCCCUUCACGCACAAGCCCACCCAUUAA